AUGGCCGAGCUGCUGCUGCUGCUCUUGCUGCUGCUUCAGUCUGCGGCUCUGGCCCUGGAAGUGCCCGUGGCCGAUGUCACCUCGCGCAAGCUGCUGACGGACCGCGCGUGGUUCAGCCAAGUGGCGCGCGUGCCUCGCCGCGUGGCCGACGACGCCACGGCCUGCGUGGCAGUGAGUGACCCGCUGCGGCCCGGCCUGACCGUCGAAGGCUAUGAGCUAGUGGAGCGUUCGGGUCUGCUGGGCGUGUGCAAGCACCAGCAGACGCAGCAGACUCAGUGGCCCAUGCAGACGAGAGUCAGGAUGGAGAUCGUGCCGUGGAGCACGGCGCCGAGCGACGGAGAGAUCCAACACCCGCGAUCGGCGCCAGUGUGUCCGCUGCCCGGAGCUGCGUCCACCUCACGACGCGCCCCCGCCCCGCCGCUGCCGUCGCCAGAGUCCACACACAGCAGUGAGGACCCGUUCGAGGAGGGCAACCGCAUCAGCCCCGAAGGACCCGUGCUCGAGUAUCAAUACGUGACGGAGGAGGCUGAACGGAUCUACGUGAACGCCCACUACCGCCUCAAGAAGAAGUUCGACGCCGGUUCUCACGGGGAAGUGUGGCGAGCUACGCGACGACACGAGACCAGUGGACGAGAGGAGCAUUUCGUACUGAAGAGGCUGUUCCUCGAGCUUGGCGAGAGCAUGGCGCAGAUGGGGCUCCGCGAGGCGCAUUUCGGAGCGUUGUUACAGGGCGAGCACCACGUCGCGCGGUUCGUGGAAUAUUUCUUCCGACCGGCCCAACCGGUGGAGAGCGAGGACGACCAUCGCACGACGCCAGAGCUGUGGCUGGUCUUCUACGACGAGGGGAAGUCCCUGCGGCAGUAUCUGUACGAGAAGCUGGAGGUUGUGUACGGGGCAGACGAACAUGGGGACGCCGGGGCUGGAGUUGUGCUGCAGCCAUCGCACUUUUGGGAGAAACUCCGCACCGAUGCUCGCGGCGAAAACGUGUUGAGAGAGAUCAUGCGCCAAUUGCUCCAGGCUGUGGCAGCCUUGCACGCGCGUGGAAUCACUCACCGUGACAUCAAGCCGUCGAACAUCCUCGUGUCGAUCCCGCCCGCAUCGACAGGCACUACGUUGCCACCGAUGCCGCGCGUCAAGCUGGCAGACUUUGGUUCAGCUGUUGAUGACUACACGCUACAGAACUUAUACGCCGCGGGAGGCGGUAGCGAUGACUCGACGACGGCUUCUAGCGGACCAUCUCAAGCUGAAGAAACUCGCGAGUACCAGCCUCCUGAGGUGCUCUUUAGCGACAAUGGCCAGCCGUACGAUUAUACAGCCCCCGAGGCGUAUGACCUCUGGUCCGUUGGAGUCGUCUUCUUGGAGAUGGUCCUGGGCUCCCCGCAAGUGUUUUUGAUCUCGCCUCGCGAACGAGCCAAGCUGGACGUGGUGCUUGAUGCUCAGCGGCGUCGCCGUCGACACCGACAUGGAAGACACAACGAGGACGAGGACGCUGAGUCUGGAUGGCGGACCAAGGCUUAUUUGUUGCACGUGCUGACCCAGGAGUUCUGCAUCUUCCAGCCAGCACCGCGGCAGCUACGCUCGUUGUGGGACAAAUACGCUCUCGUGAGCGAGAGCUGCCACUUCGGACGGUUCAACCAAACGGUGGUGGACCGUGAUCCGCUGAAGCGCGGGCUCGAGGACUCGUGGGGGUUAGACUUGAUGUGGCGCCUGCUUCAGUGGCAUCCGUCCGGACGAAUUUCAGCUGAAGACGCCUUGCAGCACGCGUACUUCCGCGGGCCAUACGUGUGCAAGGAGUCUAGUCGCCGGUUCGCUACGCAUCAAGAGCUGCUACUGCAUGAGCGCUACCUCGAGGCACAACGCGCGCGCGAAAGCAUUUUCGCUUCUGUUGUCCGUGCCAAGUACGAGUUACCUGACCGCUUCACUUGCCCACAGUGCGGCCGGGCGUUUUCCACAGCCCAAAGCUGCGAACAGCAUGUCCACGCACGCCGACAUGACGCCAACUCCAGCUUCUGCGCAUUUGAAGCCCCCCUGAUCUCUUCCGCUAUACAGACCGAGUCGCAACCCGUGUACGUCGGGUCACUGGCACCAGAACACCCGGCAGUGGGCGUUGCGUUGUUCCAAGGCCGGAAGAAGUACAUGGAGGAUUUUAUCUUGGUGCUCACAGAGCAGCAGCUUCACCGGAGAUGCCACUCCGAACGAGACGACCUCAAAUCGUCUCAACCUCUUGGGUUUGACCUGUAUGCAGUGGUGGAUGGCCACUUGGGCUCAGCAGCAGCUACAUUCGUCGUCGAGAACCUACCUCGCGUCUUGUACCGGCAUUUUGCUGCAAUCCCCAAAUCUAAGGAGGACUCGGUGCCCACGGAUGCUGAUCAAGCUGCGGGCGCAUCUGCUGAGCGCGAGCUGGCCGAAAAGUUCGCGCUGCGUCAGACCUUCCUGGAGCUGCACGAACGUUUCCUCCAGUCUCUCGAUGAAGUGGCUCGCGACAGCAACCUACAGCCAGAAACGAAUGAUGGCACGUUCACCAACGGGACUGCAGCAGUCGGCGAGUAUUUCUCGGGGUGCACGUUGACUGUGGUGCUUCAUUUUCGACGUGAGCAACGCGUUGUUAGCGCAAAUGUUGGUGAUUCACGUGCGCUAGCGUGGCUGCCAGGUGUGUCCACGAAAGUAAAUGACUGUCGCAUGAGCCCCGCACCUACAGCCGACGUAGUGCCGCUGACCAUGGAUCACUGGCCGAAUGAUCCAACCGAGCGCUCGCGCAUUGAGUCUAGCGGGGGGGUUGUGAGCUUUUCCGGUCUCUGGCGAGUGGUUGGGCAGCUUGCAGUGUCCCGCAGCCUGGGCGAUCGCCAUUUGCGCAAGUACGUGACGGCGGAGCCCUCCGUCUUCCACGCAAAGCUGGGCGAGUGGUCCUCCGGCGGAGUUCUUGUCGUCGCCAGUGACGGAGUGUGGGAGACUAUGAGCAAUGAUGACGUGGUGCGGUUUCUCGCGGAAAAGAGGUCGAGUGCGUCAGCAGGAGCUACCCUCGAUCGGUCGCCGCUGAACGAUCUUGCCGCUGAAUUGCUCACAGAGGGCUACGUCCGCGGAAGUCUCGACAACAUGGCCGUCGUCCUUGUAGCGCUGCCCUAG